AUGGUGAUCACAGACUCCCUCCGCCAGCUCCUCCGCCUUCUUCUGGAUGAAGCUGCGGAUGGUCUCCGGGUGAAGCCUCGCAUGCUGUUGCGAAGGUGUACAGUGUUAAGCAGGACCCGAUUCGCAGGGUAUCCGUCGAUUGACUCUUACCUGAAUCGGUACACCUUCGCGUAUGGCGUCAGCGGCAGGAUACUGGUUCGAAUCUCCUUGGGUGCACACUUGUUCUCCUGACUUGGAUAUUUUCCCAUGGACACAAUGUGUGUCAGUCCUGAGAACACCUCUUGGAGUCGAUCCUAGAAAGAACCUUGUGACACUUCCAUCGAAUUACCCAUCCUGGCCUCAAGAGGUUCCCAGUUGAGGGUAAAUUCUGUGGUGGUUGUUGUUGUUGUUGUU